GGAAUUAAAGCCCAUCCUUCCAGCGCAGCCAGCCCCAGGGGACGCGAGGGGGAGCAGCUUCCUGGCCCUGAGAAACCGGACCAUCCUGUCACUGGCUGGGACCCAGACCCGGGGCUCGAGCCUGUGGACGGUUUCUUGACCAGUGCCCAGCAUGGUGAUGUAGCCAACCAUUGGUGAAGCGCCUCCAGAGGCCAAGAACCACGAGGAGGAGGAGGAGGUGGGGAAUUAGGCCGCCAUGGAGCCGCCUCCGGCACUCCAAGCUGCAUUGGGAAGUGAGGUGAUCGCACUGCACUACAACUACACCGGCAAACUGAACUGGGCGCGCUACGAUCCGGGCGGAGGCUUGCGCGUAGACGCCGCAGUCUUCCUGGCAAUAUGUGGCCUCAUCAUCCUGGAGAACCUGGCAGUUCUGCUAGUCCUGUGGAGCCACAAGAAGUUCCAUGCGCCCAUGUACCUACUUUUAGGCAGCCUGACCCUCUCCGACUUGCUGGCCGGUGCCGCCUACACCGUCAACAUCCUCUUGUCUGGGGCCCGCACCUUGCACCUGUCGCCCGCUCUCUGGUUCGCCCGCGAGGGCGGUAUCUUCGCGACGCUGGCAGCCUCGGUGCUCAGUUUGCUAGCCAUAGCGCUGGAGCGACACUUGACCAUGGAGAGCCGUCGGCCGGCGCCCAUACACCGGCGGGGCCGCACGCUGCUGCUGGCGGGAGCCGCGUGGCUGGCCUCCCUGCUGAUCGGACUCCUUCCCGGCCUGGGCUGGAACUGCCUAGGCCGGCUGGCGCAGUGUUCCACAGUGCUCCCCCUCUACGCCAAGCCCUACGUGCUUUUCUGCGUAAUUGUCUUCCUGGUCAUUCUUGUGGCUAUCUUCGUGCUCUACGCUCGCAUCUAUUGUCAGGUACGCGCCAACACGAAGAAGCUGCGCCUUCGGGCUGCGUCUGGAGGGUCCCGACGCCUGCCCAAGUCGCUGGCGCUGUUGCGCACAGUGACCGUGGUACUGCUGGCGUUCGUCGUGUGCUGGGGACCACUCUUCUUGCUGCUGCUGCUGGAUGUGGCGUGUCCGGCGAGAGCCUGCCCCAUACUCCUGCAGGCGGACUAUUUCCUGGGGUUAGCUAUGGCCAACUCGCUGCUCAAUCCCAUCAUCUACACGCUUACUAACCGGGACCUGCGCCGGGCGCUCCUGCGCCUCUUCUGCUGUUUCCGUUACUGCUGCUGCUGCUAUUGCUGUAGGCCCCUGCGCCCAGGGCCAGGCGGUGGCGAGGGUGCAGCCAACGCGCGCUGGCGGCUACCUCCCAUCCUGGAGUGCAGCACCAGCAAGUCGGAGCGCUCCUCCAACAGACACGAGGGGUUGGACACUAGCGUCUCCACAGGCAACGCCACGCCCACGCGCCCUCCCGUUUAAGACUAGCGUCAGAAGACCAGACUAUUUCCCGACCCCUCUUCAGGACCCAGUCCUCUCCUCCUGCACUAUUUUCAGAUU